UGAUACACCCUCACACACACACACACACACACAACCACUGUAUGUAUUCGAAUCCACCGCUUAACUAAAAUCAAACAAACACACUUCACAUCUGUCCCAUUAAUCUCCUCUCAUUUCCCCCAAUUAAAACCCUAAUUUCACCUAUAUAAUUACAUUAUUUUCAUCUGAUUUUACGUAAUUGAUACUGUGCAUGUUCAUCUUCACAUUUCAAUUUCAUCAAUUUCUGAACAAAUUAGGGUUUUGAAAAAACUAGGGUUUUUUUUGCCUUCCAAUUUUACAAAAAAGUUUUGUUUUUUCCCUGAAUUUGGAUCCGAAAUCACUAGAUUUAAGCGGUGUUAAGAUCGAAUUUGACUAAAGUUUGUUGAUUUUUGAAAAAUUAGGGUUUUUGAAAAUGGGGGAUCCGAUGGUAAUAGAUGCAGUAAAGAAGUCAAUGAAGAGAAAAAGAAGUGAGUUUACAAUGAGUGAGAAAGAAAAAGAGGAAAAAAUUAGGGUUUUAAAUGAAGAAAUUGAUGGAUUAAUUAAAUAUUAUAAUGAAGGGUUUAAUGGAAAAGGGUUUAUCAGUGAUCAAGAUGCUGGUUUGGGGAAAGGAAAUGUGUCGAGUAAUUCGAUUAUUGCUUGUUUAUUGGAAGAAAGUAAUCUUCCUUUAUCGAAACUAGUCGAGUCGAUUUUCGACAAGGUGAAAGAGAAAAAUGGGGAAAUGACAGUUGCUAGUGUGAAGAGUAGUGUGAUUCUUGUUGGUCAGAGGUGUUUUUAUGGUGUUCAGAAUUUGAAUGCUGAUGUUUUGGAAGAUGAUUCCCCUUCUUGUCUUUGGUGCUGGGAGACAAGAGAUGUGAAAUUACUUCCAAAGUUCUUGCGGGGUGCAAUUAAAAUUCGACGGACUUGCCGCAAAAAGAUCCAUGAAAGAAUUACUGCGGUUUCUGCGGUUAUAAAUGAACUAAUGAAUCCCGAGAGCGCCUCAAAUGUGGGGCAGAAGGUAAUGAAAGCGUCUGAAAGGCUUAGUAAAGUGUUGAGUGAAGCAGAAAUACGUUCGUUAGCUGAAAAGUUGCAACAGAAAAAUGGCUCUGAUGUUGCUGAGAAAGAGGUGAAGCAAGAACAAAAGCUAGUGGUGAAACAAUUGGAGAAAAACAAACGUGAAGCUGAGAAAGAGAAAGUGAGAAUGGAGCGGGAACUGAUGAAGGAAAAGUUGCAUCAUGAAAAGGAGCAAAAGCGUUUGCAAGAUGAGGCAGAAAAAGAGGAAAAACGCCGUGAUAUUGAAAUGAAAAAACAGCUAAAGAAGCAACAAGAGGAAGCAGAAAAAGCAGAGAAAGAACAGCGGCGCCGCGAGAAAGAAGAAGCUGAACAUAAAAAACAACUGGCUUUGCAAAAACAAGCAUCAAUCUUGGAGCGAUUCAUUAUAAAAAGCAAAAGUAGUUCACCUUUGCAGGGUGACAAGUCAACUAUUAAGCCAUCUGCUACUGGAAUUUUAUCUGAGCAAAGGGUAUCUGAACCUGAAUCAGUUACCCAGUCAAUGGACAAGGCUCUUUCAUUAAAAGAAGAGUUCAAUGCAACGGAGUUAUGGAAAGUACAUUUGGACUCUUGGCAUCAAUUGGGUCACUGUAGUAAUAGAAAACGACAUUGGGGCAUGCGGCGAACCCCAAAGACAGUCGUUGUCAAGGAGCUUAAGCUUACUAGUAAGGGUGACGAGGAUCCAAGUGUGGAGAAAUUUGACGACAUCUGGGCUGACUCUUGCCGAUAUUCUCAUACAGACCCAGACAGUUCUCUUUUAGGUAGCCAGAAGGUGGCUCGGCAUACACAGUUGCUGCAGUUUGAUAAGAGCCACAGACCUGCAUUUUAUGGUUAUUGGCCCAGGAAAAGUGGAGUUGUUCGUCCUCGUCGUCCUCUUGUCAAGGACCCAGAUCUAGAUUAUGAGAUUGACAGUGAUGAGGAAUGGGAAGAGGAGGAUCCUGGUGAAAGCUUAUCAGAUUGUGACAAGGAAGAAGAAGAAAGUAUGGAGGAAAAUGUAACAAAAGCUGACGAUGAGGAUGAAAGUGAAGAUGGGUUUUUUGUACCUGAUGGGUAUCUUUCAGAAAAUGAGGGUGUUGAAGUUGAGAGAAUUGAUCACAGUGAUUUGGUUGAGGAUGCCAGGAGCUCACCUACUUGUGCCCAUCUAGAAGCUGAAGAGCUUUCUAUAAUCUUUAGACAGCUUAAGCAUCUUAAUACUUUGACUGAACAUGCUCUUCGGAAAAACAGGCCAUUUGUAAUUUCAAAUUUAAUGCAUGAAAAAUUGAAGUCAAAAACACUAUCAAAUCAAGAUACAUCAGAAAGUGAACAAAUAUGCUUGCAAGCUCUGAGCCUCCGUGCUUUCCCUGUGGGCCCAGCCAUUGAGAUAUUAACUGGUGAUGAUAAGCAAGAAGAAGUACAAGACGACUGCCCGUCUAGCAGCAAAAGCAGUGUUGUGCUGGCAACAAGUGGCAAUGCAAUCUCAGAUUCAGAUUUACCUGAAAUUGUUUCUGUCAUUCAGUCAUGCCCACAUGGAAUUAACAAAGUGGUGGAAUCAUUGCGUUUGAAGUUCCCAAAUAUUCUAAAAACUCAUUUGGGAAAUAAAGUGCGUGAGAUAUCUGUAUUUGCAGACAACCGCUGGCAGGUCAAGAAAGAUAUUCUUGAAAAAUACGGCUUAUCACAUUCACCAGAAAAAACUUCUAGAGGGACCAAAUCUAUAGCUGCCUUCUUUUCAAAAAGGUGUAUGCCGCCCACUGGAAAAACAACAAACCCGAAUCAGGUGUCUCCACUGUCAAUGGAAAAAGUCUCACCAGCUGUUGAAAUGCAGAGCAAUACAUAUAAUAGUUAGUCUUCUGUAUUCACCUUUUUAUGUUUUUUUGGUUACUUGGCCAUAUGGAUUAUGACCUUAUGAGUAUCUUCAUAUGACCAUGAUCCUUUUUGGCCAUCUCAUGUAAAAAGUUCUAGUCUUGUACUCGUGGGCUAAAUCAUUUUUUGGUUUCGUGGACUAUAAUAUCGUUCAUUCGUUUGGUGUUAUGUUUU